AUGACAUUCGCCGGCGACCAUCAAAAUGAUAUAAAAGUCCUCGCACCUGCGGUUAGCUAUACUUCUGCACACGACGCGAGCAGUAUGCCGCAAUCACUCUAUUUAUCUUCAUCUUCGAUCCCAGAAAACCACAUCGCGCGGUUAUCUACGGAGAUCGCCGCACACGACAUCCCCUCCAACCCCUCCUACGGCAUCGACUCUCCUCUGGGACUGAUCGCCUCCAACGUCCUCUCCCCAUUCUACCUCUACGCAACCCUCAAGGGCAAAUUCCAGGUCUGGGAUGACCUCCUCGCCCACACCCCCCAGGAAACUUUCAGAGCACCCACCCUCGACCUCGGCUGCGGCCGAGGAUUGGUCCUGUUGAAGAUCGCCCAAAUCAAGAAACGACUCGCCUCGUCAGAGUCCCCCGUGCCCCCCGCCUACGGCAUCGAUCUCUUCGUCAAGGGCGAUCAGAGCGGCAACGCGCCGCUGGCGACUUACAAGAACGCCGCUGCGUUGGGGGUCUGCGAGCAGACGGUGCUGCACACGGGGAGUGUUGCGGAUCUGCCGUUCUGCGAUGGGGUGUUUUCGCUGGUGACGGCCAGUCUGUCGAUUCACAAUGCGGAUAAAGCUACGCGGAAGAAGGCGAUAGGGGAGGCGGCGCGGGUGUUGGUCUCGGGGGGAUACUUGGUUGUGGUGGAUAUGGCGGGGUAUGUUGAGGAGUAUGCGGAUCUCGUCAAGCAGAUGGGCUGGACGGAUGUCUCGACGGAGUUUGGGGGGGUGAGGAUUAUGUAUGGGGCUUGGCCGUGUCGGAUCUUGAGGGCGAGGAAGCCGUGA